CUUCUAGGUAAUCUGUGUAGAUGUACAGGAUAUAGACCGAUUAUAGAAGGAUUUAAGACCUUUACGGAGGAAUGGGAACGAUCGCAGUUGAUGGCCAACGUACAAGAAGAAGAAACAAAAGGUACAGGAGUUUGUUCAAUGGGCGAUGCUUGCUGUAAAAAGGUUUUCACGUCUGAACCAACCGAAAUUUUCAAUUCCAAAGAAUUCCGCCCAUAUAAUCCUACUCAGGAACCAAUAUUUCCACCAAAAUUAAAAAUUGAAUCUAAGCUGGAUGAGCAAUAUCUGGUAGUGAAAGGAAGAGAUGUCAGUUGGUAUAGACCAACGAAAUUCAAGACAUUGCUUGCGCUUAAAGAAAAGUAUCCGAAUGCUAAAAUUGUCAUUGGUAACACGGAAAUCGGUUCGUAUAUUUUUUUUUCAAAUACAUAAUUACGAUAUCAAGAUGUAAAAAAUUCAGGAGGUAGAUAGUGUCUCGGUAUCAAGUUAGCCCAU